UUGCGCCAUUUCUGUUAUCUGAAGAACUGAAAUUCGCACGGUAACCGCGGGUCGCAGCCGUUAGCUCUCGCCUUUUGGCGCUAGAACCCUUAACUAGAUUUCUCAAGGCUAGCUCCUGAGCUAUGAUCGAAAAUGAGUUUGGAGUUUAACGUGGACGAAAGGCAAAAGGCGUUGGAAUUCUUGCAGCAAUUCGUCGCAGAUAAAGCCGAUAUCAGUGAAAAUGACACGCUACCAUUCCGUGUUGUGCCUUUCUCUAUUCGUCCCGAGGAGCUACGAGGCGAGUGUAUAGAUUGGACUUUAGAGUACUGCAGAAGAAGCAAAUGUCCUGAGCAGCUAGCAGCAAUCAUUACUCAUGAAGUUACUUCAAAUGUUUGUCAGACUGAUCUAUCAGAUCUCAAGAUUGAAAAAGAGGACCAAUAUGAUGCUUCCAAACUUGCAAGACUUGUCUUCAACACAGUUCACCAAGUUUGCCAGAAGUGGAGUGAAGAGCCACCUACAUUCUAUAAGUCCAGUUACACAUAUGAGACAUCUGUGUAUGCAAUUAAGAACACACGUCGUAAGAUGGAGGACAAACAUGUUAUAAUGCCUCACUUCAAUAGUCUGUUUGGUCUUCCCAAGGAUUCUCCCAACUAUGCAUAUUUUGCUGUAUUUGAUGGCCAUGGUGGAAUUGAUGCUGCAACAUUUGCCGCCACCCAUCUACACUGCUUCUUGGCUCAGAACGAACAUCUAGUCAAAAACCCAGGACUUGCACUGCAUGAAACAUUCCAGAAUACAGACUGCAGCUUUGGCGCAAGAGCUAUAUCAGAGGGCUUGCGAAGUGGCUGCACUGCUGUCUCAAUUUUAAUUACAAAUGAAGCCCUAUACCUUGCCUGGCUAGGUGACUCUCAAGCAAUCCUAUGCAAAGAUGGAGAAUUCAUAGAACUUAUGCAGCCACAUAAACCAGAAAGACAGGAUGAGAAAGAUCGCAUUGAAGGGCUAGGUGGGUGUGUCAUCUGGUUUGGAGCUUGGAGAGUCAAUGGAAGCCUUUCAGUCUCCAGAGCAAUUGGUGAUGCUGAACAUAAGCCAUUUAUAUCUGGGGAACCGGAUGUUGCAGAGUAUACCCUUGAUGGUGAUGAAGAAUUUGUGAUCCUUGCAUGUGAUGGGCUUUGGGAUACUGUAAAGCCAGAGCAAGCCAUCAAACUUGUGAAAGAACACAUCGCAAGUGGAAAUGACAGAUGUGAUGUGGCAAAAGUUCUUGUUGACGAGGCCAAGCAGGAGGGAUCAAGCGACAAUAUAUCUGUUCUCGUAGUAUUCUUAGAUGCACACAGAAAAGAAAAAAAGAAAAAUUCAUCCAUUUCAACACCAGUAUCCAAUGCAUUAGUUGAUAAAAUAAGUGAAUCCCAUCGAUGUGCUGGAAUUGGAGAUGGUUUGGAGAAUGAUGAAGACUCCUUAGGAUCUUUAGUAGCUAAAGUGAAAGUAUCAACUGAAACUACCAUAGAAGAAAGAACAGAUAAUUUUUCUUGCAAAGUUACUUGUACAGAUGACAAUCACUGUAUGAAUGAGGUAAAAUCUGAAGAUAAUUGUCAUCAUUUUGACAUAAAAACAAGUGAUGAGUCCUAAGAUCAGAUUCUGUUUAGUCUAUUUAGGGUUUACCAGAAAUGUUGUUUUAUGGUCAAAGUGUGUUAAGCUGUUAUAAAGAAGCUACAAAUGUAUACCUAUAUUUUACAUAAAAAUUGCAUCCAUUCAUGGUAAAAUUGCUUGAAAGUCCUUUUGGCUUUUGCCAAUUUAUCAAUGUAACUAUGGGUGCUACCGAAUCAUAUUCUAUAUAUUAUAUAAACCUAUAUCAAAUUAAUUUUAUUUUUAUAUAAUUCAAAGGCUGCAGUCAAGGCUUAGUUGGAAGAUUUGAAAAAAAAAACAACUCUAAUUGAUUACACUCAUUUUAUUCAUUAUUGUUACUGAAAUUAUUGUUACUGAAAAAAAAAAGGGUAAAUGUAAAAACAAGCUCUAUGUCUUCCCAGUUGUGGCCCUAUAUGCUGUGGAUUGAGAUCCUACCCAUUCAUUUGUAUAUUACUACUAGUGAAAAAAAUAAACUUUAUAUUUAUUGCUGUUUCA